AUGACAAUGACAUUCAUCAGCAUCUUGAACAACAUCAAAUCGGUACCCAAUGGCGGUCUUUGGGCGUGGUUACAGGUUUUGGGCAGUUUCUUUUUGUUCUUCAAUACUUGGGGCAUCGUCAAUACCUUUGGCACGUACCAGACAUUCUACGAAGUCGGGCGACUAUCAUCGAGCACGCCUUCCGAUAUCUCGUGGAUUGGAUCUCUGCAAGCAACUUCAUUGAUGCUGGUUGGAUCGCUCACUGGGCCCGUUUAUGACGCUGGAUAUGUACGAAGUCUCGUGGCCGUUGGCACUUUCUUCGUGGUGUUUGGUCAGAUGAUGCUGUCGCUUUCCACGACCUACUACCAAGUCCUGCUGUCCCAAGCGAUCUGCGUAGGUUUCGGGACGGGAUGUCUCUUUAUCCCAUGCGUUGCCGUCCUCUCGACGUACUUCAGCACUCGAAUUGCUACAGCUGUUGGACUCGCGGCAGCUGGCAGUUCCAUAGGAGGCGUAAUAUAUCCAAUUGUCUUCUAUCGCUUACAACCCGUGAUCGGAUUUGCCUGGGCUACGAGAGUUAUUGGAUUCAUCAUGCUGGGCACGUUAGCUAUCUCUAAUGCCGUUCUGAAAGUGAGGGUCUUGCCUGCUGGAAGAAGGAAGUUCCUGGAACUAGCAGCGUGGAAGGAGGUACCUUACACUUUCUUUGUGCUGGGCACUUUCGUGGGAUUUCUCGGCCUUUACACACCGUUCUUCUACAUCCAAACCUACGCCAUCCAGACGGGCAUCGCUUCUCCACACCUGGGCUUCUACCUUCUGGCAAUUUUGAACGCUGCAAGUACAUUCGGGCGAGUGAUCCCAAAUUUCAUCGCAGACCGGCUAGGACCUUUCAAUGUCAUUAUUCCCUGUACAUUUGCAACAGGACUUCUCUGCUUAUGUCUAAUCGCAGCCAAGUCCAUAGCUUCGGUCAUCGUUAUUGCCGCAUUAUACGGCUUCUUCUCCGGCACUUUCGUCAGUUUGCCAGCCACCAUCUUUGUGUACAUAACGAAGAAUCGAGGCAUGAUCGGAACGAGGAUGGGCAUGGGCUUCGCUGUGACAGCUAUCGGCAUCCUUGUUGGCACACCGAUCUCUGGAACCAUUCUUGCGGCAAGCGGUUUUAGAUACGUCUGGGUUUUUGGCGGCAUUAUGACUGUGCUUGCCGCGAUGUCCAUGAGCGUUUCCAGAGUCAGUAAGGGAGGAUGGAAGUUAAAAGCUGUUGUGUAG